AUGGAGUGUGAUUUCGGGCUGGCGAAAACAAGCAAUACAUUUGAGACACAUACGGAGCCUUUUUUCAACGACUCACUUGGUUUAUCAUCCCCAUUACUUGAAGAUUCUUUACAAACGCUCGCUGAAAAUAACGAAAGAAACAUGGACGAAGCCAACGAAGACAUGGGUUAUUUUAAAAAUGCAAAAUGUAUAGAGUAUAUUUUUAAUCUAUGCGACGUCUUCAGCUUGCCGAAUGAAGCAAGAUAUUUAGCUGUAGAGAUAUAUGAUAGGUUCAUGGUACAACACAUUGUCAGUUUGUAUGAGUUCAUUCAAAAUUCGACAGCAGUUGACAAACAGCAAGAUUGGGAUGAGGUGGAAGAGAGGAUCAAGGCCCAAAUGCCACUCAGAUUAUUGUCAUGCGUACAGUUGGCGAGUAAAAUUUCCUCACACCAUAAGGUUGUGACAACGAGCAAAAUACGUCGAUAUCUCGACUCUCUAAAUCGUCAUUUUAGUAACAACAGCAUCAUGAAAUCAGAAUUAAGAGUUUUAAAAACUCUCGGUCACAGCUUGCCAAUUUAUUCACCGUUGUCAUUCCUGGAAACCAUUCUCGAGAUCUUAGGUUUCAAUGCAGGAACGAAAGUGAAAUAUGUACACAAUAUUAGCGUAAAACUUUUGGAUCUUGUCUUUAUUCUUCACAAGGAAAUUUACUCAAAGCUUCUGUUCGUGGCUGCUGGAGAGACUUCAAAAUCAGUAAAUUACAGACACAAACUCGCCGUACUUUCGUCUGACUUUAUGUUAAUGGCAAGUGCAGUUAUCGCUGCUGCUUCGUUUAUCAUUGAUGAACAAGUGAGUGAUAAGAUAGUCGCACAUCUUUCAAACAUCACUCAAAUACCAGAAGAGGACAUUUUGGAUUUUGCUACAAUUAUCGUCGAACGGGCAACGCAGUAA